CACGAGUGAAGCAGUUUCUUCUUCAGUGGACAGCAUGAGAAGUUGGAUGAUGGAGAGCAGAAACUGAAGAAACUCUAAUUUGAAGUCGUGUAUGUCUGGUGCUCUCUGUUUAACCUGCACAUAAAGACAUUAACCAAACCUUCCUCAUGGCGAGCAAUAAGGAUAUAGCGGCUGUGGGGAGCAUCCUGGUUAACACAAAGAAGGACUUGACAACACGCUUUAGAGCUCUUUUUACUCUCCGCAACCUCGGAGGAGCAGAGGCCGUGAAGUGGAUCAGUGAAGCUUUUGUGGAUGAGUCUGCACUUUUGAAGCAUGAGCUGGCGUACUGCCUUGGACAAAUGCAAGACGAGAGCGCCAUUCCUAUCCUAGAGACAGUCCUGAAAGACACUAACCAAGAGCCAAUGGUCAGACAUGAAGCAGGAGAAGCUUUGGGCGCCAUUGGAAAUCCCAAAGUCUUAGAUUUAUUAAAGAAAUACGCAGAAGAUCCAGUUAUUGAGGUGGCAGAAACUUGUCAGCUGGCGGUCCAGAGGCUGGAGUGGCUCAUAAAUAGUGGGGAGCAGACAACAGAUCGCACAGAUGAAAACCCCUACUGCUCUGUGGACCCCGCUCCCCCUGCACAAAGGAAAAGUGUCCCGGAGCUGAGGACACAGCUCUUAGAUGAAAGCCUGCCGCUGUUUGACCGCUAUAGAGCCAUGUUUGCUCUGAGGAAUCUUGGUACUGAAGAGGCUGUUCUGGCUCUUGGAGAUGGUCUUCAGUGCAGCAGUGCCUUGUUCCGCCAUGAGAUUGGUUAUGUGCUGGGUCAGAUCCAGCAUGAGGCCAGCAUCCCUCAGCUGCAGGCAGCUUUGGAGAAGAUGGAUGAGAACGCCAUGGUCCGACACGAGUGUGCGGAGGCACUGGGCUCCAUCGGGAAGGAGCCAUGUGUGCAGAUCCUGGAGCGCUACAGGAAAGACCAGGAGCGGGUGGUGAAGGAGAGCUGUGAGGUCGCGCUGGACAUGCUGGAGUAUGAGAACAGCUCACAGUUCCAGUACGCAGAUGGACUGCUCAGGCUGCAGAGCGCUCACUGAAAACUUUUACACACAUUUCCCAAAACACAGGCAAUCCAUAUUUCAGAUGCAAGUCAAAGCAGUUUGGAUAUUUAAUUAAUUUGGAAGGCAAAAUUAAAGCAUUUAUUUGACCACA